GUACUGUUACUGUGUUAGGCCUAGCUAGAGUGUGUACACUACACUAUACUGUGUAGUCUAGUUACUUGUUUACCUCGUAGUAUACCCAGAAGUCACAACUACUGCUGGAAAAAUGGCAUUUGUGUUAACAGUACAAACGAAAGAAAUAAAAUACUAAUUCAAUAAGGUGCUGGUCUCUGGCAGGUUUUGUGGCUGGUCCCCUGAUCUGCUAAGAUAUGACUGAAGCAUUCGUCUCUCUACCGCAACAUGCUGGCUGGUUCUCUAAGCUGUUUUAAUGAAAACAAAAGGCUGGACUUUUUUUUUGCUGAUGACUACGUCUAUAAUAGAAUAAAAGGAUGAAUUUUUUUUGUUUGAAGACUAGGUGUAUAAUGAAAUAAAAAGCUGGACUUUUGAAAUCCUUUCAUUCAACUGGUAACAAGACCAAAGUUCUUAUAAACUGAUCACACUAUCGGCUGCUUUGAUGUUUUCUUUAGAUUUCAUUUAGCAAGCUUUGAUUUUAGUGUUGUCUGAGGAAACAAAAAACUAUUUAUGGAUAUGCCAUAUGGUUUCUAGUUUUAAAAAGUUGCCUUUAAUUUUAUUUAAGAAAAUAGACAUAUGAAAACAGAUUUUUCAAACACAAUUUUUUGGAAGCUGAAGUUAUUGAAAGCCUUUUAUAAAAAUAUCUUCACACUUCAACAAGUUGAAAGAAGUCUUACAGUUGAAGAGGAAAGGUCAAUUUUAAUAGAGUUAUAUUCAAUGAAAUACUCAGCAGUGAAUUACCAGAUUUUUUUAAAAAUUGUGAAUUCAUUGAAGUUGAGUACCAGGUUGUAUGUAAUUAUGAAGAAAAAGAUUCUAUGAAACUGAAAUUAGUGAAGUGCCAGAUUCUUUGAAGUUGUGAAAUUAGUUAAGUACAAGAUUCUAUAACAGUGUAAUCAGUAAAGUACCAGGUUCUAUAAAAUUGUGAAAUCCAUGAAGCACCAGAUUCUAUGAGGCAAGUUCAACAUGAAGAAUCAGCUUCUGUAAAAUCAGUGAAGCACCAAAUUCCAUCCAUGACAUUGUAAACAGCGAAUACCUGAUCGCCCUGUGUUUAUUUUAGCACCCACGUUAAAAAAAAAUGUCGUCGACCAAUGCACAGCCUGCACCCAGUUACAGCACCCACCAGUCCUGGCCGGUCCAGGACCCCACCCACCAGGGGGUGCUGCAGGGCAUACUGGACCUGCAUGCGGCGCUCUUUCAGCUGGACAGUGCUGGCACCCGGCUGACAGAGGCCCUGGCGCGUGCCCUGUACAGCACGGCUUAUAAGUGCGUGGGCGACGUGCUGACAGACAGGCUGUGUGCCGUGUUCACCAUGGCUGCCUCCAACGCCAGUGUGUCGAUCCUUAAAGAGAUGGAGGCCAUGCUGGUGAACUCACAGGCAAUGGAUAACCAACAGCAGGGGCAGACCCUGUGUCACAUAUCACUUUUAUUAACCAAGUUAAAGAAACAGUAUUUCGCUUUGUGCCAUAGCAAAAUGGCAGAUCUCAUCCACUCGUUGUUGUGCCUCAAAGGGGAGGACCUGGCAUCAGGGGAGGUCACCAAACUGGUGCUGAAGCUUGGACUGGCCGACGGCUUAGAGCCACCCGCUAAAUCAAACUCCAGCCUCCCUAGCACACCCUGGGGCAGCCCUAAGACUAGAAAAGCCAGGCCGGACAACUCUAAAGUACAACCAAGAAGUGGGUUCAGGAUUAUGUCCCUUUUUGAGAGGAAAACACCGCCAGGGGAGAGUAAGGGUCCGUUGUUUGUUGAAGCAGACUCUAAAGGAGAUAAGCAGGAGCUUGUGGGGGAGGGGGUGACCACCACGUCGGAUACCACAGAUUCUAAGAAUGGAAACAGUCAGCCACAGGGUCAGGGAAUUUUUACAGGUCAGCAGAAUCAAAGGGAGAGCACACGCCCGAAUAACUUUAUCCAGUUCAAGUCAGUUAUAGAAGACACAUCUGUAGAGCAAGGAUCUUUUGCUUAUAUGUCUUCUAGAUCUCAGCUGGCCACUGAGGAAGAGCUGGAGAGUGUGAUCAACUUGCUGUCUGGUGUGGGCUGCGGGUCAGUCUCCCCCAUGCAAGUUAUCCCAGAAAUUGUCUCCCCCCAGGGGAGCAUGCAGUUGACAGUGCCUCAGAUCUACCGCAUGCCGAGUCCCUUGUCCGACUCACACCUUGAUGAUCUUAGAGCCCAGAAAUCUCAGGUUCACAGAAGAUCUGAGGGCUGCCUUGACCUGUCCGCGGUAGGACGCAACCUCUGGCCCAACCAGCAGCAGCAACACCACCGUGCCAGCCUCCCCUCUGUCCAGAUAUUCUCCGCCACGGGCCAGCGCUCCGGCUUCGACACCCCCUCGCCUGUCCCGUCCUACGUCAGGGAUUCCCCGUCCCCAAGCUACACCACCAGCAGAGACCCACCCAGCCCGGGGUAUUUUCACGGGGAUCCCCCGUCUCCAUUCCGCACGCAGUACGCCAAUACUUUAGGCGUGGGUCUAGGGAACGUCCGGUCCAGUGUGUUGUCCCCGUUGCAGUGGAGUGCUGGGCCCAACUGUGUGGGUGGUGGAGGGGAUGGGAGGCCUGGGUACGAGGCAAGGAUCAACCAGUCCGGCACGUGGCCAGUGUACAGUGGGCUUUCUUCUCUGUCUACAGGAACUGUUGACCCAGCGUCCAGCUGGUCAGCUGCACAGGACUGUAGUGAUCUCAGUGAUGAUUCCUCCACAGAGGAUCAGUUCUUUGCUGUAGGGAAGGAUCUCUCACACGUCAUUGGUGGAAAGGAUAUAAGUAGUGAUGAUGACAGGGAAAAUGGACAGUCUAUGCAAUCAAAGAGCUCUAGCACCUGGCCACCCCCCUCAGUGAGCAGAGGGUUAACCACGGAUUACCUGGAGCCUCCAGAACUCUACAACGUCCACAGGCCCAUACAGAUGCAGUGGAGUGACCCUCUCUCCUCCAGGUCCGUGUGGGCUAACACUACUCAAGAUUUGAAUCAGCACAAAUCAUCUCAAAGCAUGCAAGGGUUUGGGGGCGUGCAUUAACUCAAUAAACAAUGAAAACAUCAUAGAUCCUAUGGGAAACAUUUUCUUUAUGCAGGCAAUCUAUGCAAGAGAUCUUGUUUUAUUGAAAGUAUUAAAACAUUUUUUAAUGUUUUCCCUUUACUCCAAAAUACUACUGAAAUGUAGUCAUGUUUGAUUUAAUUAAACUGCAUUAUUAUAUUUAAAUAGUUAGCUUUCAAACAGUGACCUGUAAUGUAGUGUAUUACUGCCACGUCAAAGACCUAAGGCCAAA